AUGUAUAUCGUUUUCUCUUUGCUGUUCAUUGCAGCCGGGAGACUCGUAAACGUGAUGGUUCCUGUUUUUUUCAAAAUGCUCGUUGAUUCCUUAAGGGAAGACAAUCAGUUUCCGCUAAACCUUUCUGCCACCGCCUUUUUGGGUCUCUAUGUGGUCGGAAAACUGCUGCAAGGCAAUGUUGGUAUUAUUUCGUCCAUCCAAAAGCUGUUCUGGAUCCCGGUUAGCCAGUGGUCCACUGAACAUAUUGCGGAAAAGGUUUUCUCGCACUUGCAUGCACUUUCACAUUCGUUUCAUACAUCGAGGAAAACCGGAGAAGUCAUCAAAGAAUUGGACAAGGGAAUCACUUCUAUUGGCUCUCUUUUGAAUUCGGUCAUUUUUUCGAUCGGGCCUACGCUAAUUGAUGUGGCGAUUGCCGUUCUCUUUUUCAUCAUCACCUUUGACAUUUGGUUUGGCCUGAUUAUCGUUUCCACGAUGUUUCUGUUCAUCUCGUUGACCAUUGUCAUAACUCGCUGGAGGGUUGGGUUUCGGCGACAAAUGUCGAGCCUGGAUGCGCUUGUGUCUGGCAAGGCCGUUGAUUCUCUUUUAAAUUUCGAAACUGUUAAAUAUUUCAAUGCAGAGCAAUUUGAGAUCGAUUCGUACAUCUCAACAUUGAGGCAAUAUCUGAAGGCCGACUGGACUUGCCAAACAUCUUUGAUUGUUCUGAACACGGCGCAAAAUUCGCUGAUUUCCAUCGGGGCCCUUUUCAUCGGCUCUUAUCUGGCCAUUCAAAGACUUGAGGAGAAUGAUCAGAUGUCCGUGGGUGAUCUUAUCUUGUUCCUGACAUAUAUUGGCCAGCUGUACAUGCCUCUAAAUUACCUUGGAACAUAUUACAGGAUCAUUCAACAGCAUUACAUUGACAUGGAAAAGAUAGUGGAGCUCCUAAAAUUGCCUAUUGAAAUACAAGAUGCUCCCGGGGCUUGUGCCCUUCAAAUCGAAAGAGGCGAAAUCGUCUUCGAUAACGUGCACUUCAAUUAUUUGGAGGUUCCCACCGACGGGACACGCGGACAGGAAGCAUCUGGUUCCGAAAUCGUGGCUCUUCAAGGCCUAUCUUUUAGCGUCGCCCAGGGAAGCACGGUGGCCCUGGUUGGCCUUUCAGGCGCCGGCAAGUCUACCAUUUUAAAGCUUUUGUUCCGGUUUUACGACGUCCAAGGCCUUGGUUCGAUUCGCAUCGACGGCCAAGACAUACGGAAUGUAACGUUGAAAUCACUCAGAGAAUCCAUCGGCAUCGUACCGCAAGAUACGGUAUUGUUUUACGAUUCAAUUGCUUACAACAUAAAAUAUGCCCAACAAGAUGCCUCCCCAUAUGAUAUCAAGCGCGUUGCCAGUGCUGCGCUUCUGCAUGAGGAGCUAUUUUCACAAGGCUAUCAAACAAAAGUCGGGGAGAGGGGCAUCAGGCUCUCCGGCGGAGAAAAGCAGCGAAUAGCCAUAGCAAGAACCUUACUCAAGAAUCCCAAAAUAAUUGUUCUAGAUGAGGCAACCUCUUCGUUGGAUUCGAUCUCUGAACGCGCAAUCCAGCUCCAGCUUGAAAAAAUGUGUUCUGGACGCACAACGUUGAUUAUAGCACAUCGCCUUUCAACGAUCACACAUGCCGACAAGAUCAUCGUGCUGAAUGCUGGCCGAAUCAUCGAAGAAGGCACGCAUUGCGAGCUUUUGGGCAUGCCAAACGGCUUUUAUCGCUCAAUGUGGCAUGAACAGCACAAAAUUUAA